ACGUAGCUGACUGCUUAGAAAACUCAACACUUGGGACUAUGUUCUGAGGUAACUGCUUAAAACCUUUUAACAACAAAUUGCUUUUAGACUUCAGUAUGGAAGAGAAAAUACUGGAAGAGAUUCUACAGCACUGCUCAGCCCUGCAGACAGGGGCAUUUCAGGACACUUGGGAGGAACCCAGAAACAUGCUCAGCUUCUUCUUAGACUGCCUUACAUUUCUUGCAGCCUCGUAUGAUCAUAGGAGCCUGGUAUUCUGUGGACAGUAAGCCCAGCAAAGCUACAGAGUGGAUCUCUGUAGGGACAGAGCUGCAGUUCUUUCCAGAGUUUGAUUGAUUUGUUACAAUUAGUAACAGGCGGCUCUACUGAAAUUCCACAAUUGCCUCUUGAAAUAGGAAAAUCCCAGGUGACAUGGGUAGGAAAUUGCUACUGGGGUGAAAGCUUUUCCAGAACAUUAAAACAAGAUCCUGCCACUUGCCUGGCUUGUAGGAGCCAUGCUCCUCUUGGUGGAAGAAGCCCAGGCUGCAGAUGCUGAGGGAACGUGACUCUGCAGUGUGACGCUGGCUGAGACAAAGCAGAAUUCGAAGUUGAGGAGAAUGAAUUGAAAGUCUAAUUUCUUUGGAUUUUUAACUCACAAGCAGAUUUGGUGUCAGCGAUGGAAUCCACAGAGCCCUUCCAAGAUCUUCUGAAACAAGAAACACGGGCGUUGUACCCUCAGACCUUUUGGAGUUCUGUCCUUUUCAGAAGGGCCCUGGAUAUGCACACAAAGGUCUUUGUGUUCCCCAAAGAGUCGGAUAAUGCCUUUGUGACGCUGACUGCACAGCUAACAAACCCACUUAAGUCCUUGACUGUGUGCCUGCAUGUCUAUACCGAUCUGACCUGAGACUGUAGCCUCUUCUCUUAUGCCACAAGGCAACAAUAUAAUGAGAUCCUCCUCUUCAAGGGAAAGACUGGCGUAUACAGUGUAUCCGUGGGUGGAGCUGAUGUCUUUUUCAAGCCUCCUGAGAGUUCUCCUGCACCAAUGCACUUCUGUGUGACCUGGGAGUCUACCUCAGGGAUUACAGAGCUCUGGGUGGAUGGGAAGCCCAUGGUGAGGAGGAAUAUGAAGAGGGGAUACUCUUUAGGGACAGAGGCAAGCAUCGUCCUGGGGCAGGAGCAGGAUGCAUUUGCUGGGGGCUUUGAUAAAAACCAGUCUUUGGUGGGAGACAGUGGAGAUGUGAACAUGUGGGACUAUGUGUUAUCACCAGAAGAGAUUAGCACUGUCUAUGCUAGUGGGACCUUCAGUCCUAAUGUCCUGGACUGGCGGGCGCUGACGUAUAAAACACAUGGUGAGGGACUUCCCUGGUGGCACAGUGGUUAAGUAUCCACCUGCCAGUGCAGGGGACAUGGGUUCGAGCCCUGGUCCGGGAAGAUCCCACAUGCUGCAGAGCAACUCAGCCCAUGCGCCACAGCUACUGAGCCUGCGCUCUAGAGCCCGUGAGCCACAACUACUGAGCCCGUGUGCCACAACUACUGAAGCCCACGUGCCUAAAGCCCGUGCUCCUCAACAAGAGAAGCCACUGCAAUGAGAAGCCCACGCACCGCAACGAAGAGUAGCCCUCGCUCACCAGUAGAGAAAGCCCGCGCGUAGCAGCAAAGACCCAAUGCAGCCAAAAGCAAACCAACAAAUAAAUAAAUAAAUUUAUUUUAAAAAAUAAUAAUAAAAAAAAUAAAACACAUGGUGAGGUGUUUGCCAAACAACAGCUAUGGCCCUGGGGCCCUUUUGUGAAACCUGAAGUUGGCUUUUGGGGAUUACACCUUACAUUUCCCUUGUCUCUGGCUCUGAUGUUUUAUUGCCCUACACACUGGGCUCUUGUGCCCUGGGAGGAGUGUAUUUCCCUCUCCUUUCACCACUCUUUUUCCAUUAGCACAUGGGACAGUGCCAAGCAGAGGGUCUUAUACAUUUCUCCACAUUAGAAUUACCAGGCCAGACCCCAAACCAAUUAAAUCUGAUUUUGGGGGCGUGGGACCCAAGCAUCAAUGUUUUUUAAAGCUCUCCAAGUAAUUCCAGUGUUCAGCUGAGGUUGAGAGCCAUGGCAUUAUAAUGAGUGUUUAAGAAAAAGUGAGCCGACUUUUUUUCACCUAAAAGACUGCAUGUGUCUAACUGUAGUCCUGCCAAUAUUUUCAUUUCCCUUUGUAGGGACACCCACCCCAUUUAUUGUGUUUUAUUGAAUUAUCUAAAGAAUACAGGAAUAGGGCUUCCCUGGUGGCGCAGUAGUUAAGAACCUGCCUGCCAAUGCAGGGGAUAUGGGUUCGAAAACUGGUCUGGGAAGAUCUCACAUGCUGCGGAGCAACUAAGGCCAUGCGCCACAACUACUGAGCCUGCGCUCUAGAGCCUGCGAGCCACAACUACUGAGCCCACGUGCCAUAACUACUGAGGCCUGCGUGCCUAGAGCCCGUGCUC